AGUUCGAAUGAAGAAUUGAAAGUGGAGAGUUGUUGUGUCUUUAUAUUCUGCAUUUAACUAUUUUUCUGCUAAGUGAGAAUUUCCUCAAAAAAAGUUUUCCGCUACUUCAAUUAAAAAUAAAAUUCAAAUAAUAGAUCUAAUCUGUAUAGUCGUUUAAGAUUUAUACGAUAAACUAUAUAACUCUUGAGAUACUGAUAUGCUUGAUAUCACGUAAAAUGCGUGAAGUGUUCCCACCCAAUUUGUUUUGAAGAAGACUUCGAUAUUUUUCAUGCUCAAAUUGCUAAAAUUUUAAAAGUAACGAUCAACUCAUAUAGAUGAUAAAUAUUAUAGCAUGCACGUGUUCGCGAAUUGCUGCAGUUAAUUGAAGAUAAUCGGCCAUUGAUACCAUUCUGCAUAUAGGUAUAAAAGGAGCUGAGACUUGACACAAAUUUUCAGAGUCAAGUGUUAAUUCAACGGAAAAUAAACCUUUUAAAAAGAAUUUUUGAAUUUCUUCUUUGUGAAAAAAAUGUUUCCUUCUAAAGUGUUGGGAUCCUUACAUAAAUUGUGCUUUGGAACUUUGUCAAGAAGUUUACUGAAAGACAGUUCGAGAAUUGUCCAUCCAAUGAAUAGUAGUUUAUUCAGAAGAACGAUGCCGGUUCGUUAUAUUUCUGAUUUUUUGGAUGCCAAGAUAUACCCUGUUCUACCGUCAGAAGUACAAAACAGUAAUUUAAGGAAAGUAAAGGAACCCGAGAACUUAACGCCAGAUAUGUGGUUUUCAAAAGAGAAAAGGAAUGAGUUCUUGGGAUAUUUCCCAGAUAUCGUCAAACAACUGGAAGAUAAGGCAGCGACCUUGGAUGACAUUGAAAAGGGAAAGCAUUUUAGGGAAAUUCUGGAAUACACAGUACCUGGUGGAAAAAGGUACGGAGGUGUUAUAGUUGUGGAAACAUAUAAAACACUUCUGCCAAAGUCUGAACAAACACCAGAAAAUAUAAAACUUUGUUACUACCUCGGAUGGUGCAUGGAAUUGUUCUACGAUUGUAUCUUUAUGAGCGAUGAUAUCAUGGAUGGCGGGAAAAUGAGACGAAAUAGGCCCUGUUGGUAUACUUUGGAUCAUGUUGGAUUGUCUGCAAUUAAUGACGCAUGUUUACUUGAAACUGGAAUGUACUAUCUCCUGCUAAAGAACUUUGGUCAUCUUGACUGCUACCUGCGCCUGUAUGAGCUUAUCCAUGACUCUGCAUUUCUGCUCUACCUUGGCCAAUACAUGAGUGUCAAAUACUCAAAGGAUGCUUUCGACACUUCAAUUAAAUUGUACAAAAUGGCAAUGGAUAGUGCCUCAGUGUACAUAGCCAGCUAUCUACCAGUAGCCUUGGGGAUGACCCUAGCUGGCCGGGAUAAUCCUGAAGUUCUAAGGAAGGCAAAAUCAAUUCUAUCCCAACUUGGGUAUUUCUACCUCAUAGACAAUGACUAUAUGGACUGUUUUGGAGAUCCUGCGCUAACAGGAAAGGUUGGAACAGAUAUUCGGACUGGAAAGUGUCGUUGGCCAAUUGUAGCUUUCAUGGAAAAAGCUUCUCCAGAGCAGAAGAAACUCAUGAGAGCUAAUUAUGGAAAGGAUAACGAAGAGAAUGUGGCCGUGGCUAAACAACUCUUCGAAGAGAUAAAUAUUCAUAAAAUUUACACUGACUACGUAUUAGAAUUGUACCAAAAUCUCAUGAAGGACAUUGAAGAAAACUCAUAUGGAGAAAUGAAACCAAUCUACCUAGCUUUGGUGCAAACAAUACCUAUUUCAUUGAAGGCUAAUGGGAUUUUGUUAUAAAUUCAUUAAGGGAUAAUGAUUUUUUAAUUGACAAAUUCCUUGUUUAAUCUUUCAAAUUGAACUUUCCUUUUUAAUAAAAAUUCAACUGAAAAUGAAGGAAAAAUUAUGUUUAAAAGCCUUUGAACUGUUAGAACCUAAUUAAUAUAAUAUUAAAAGAAUUGAUUUUUCAUUCAUUAAACCUAAGCUUUUUAAUAAACUGGUCUACAUUCGAUUUAUGCUUAAGCAUAAUGUUGAUUAUUAUAAAUCAUCAAAAAAAAAAUUGUAUAACAAUUAAUUGAAAAUAAAAAUCGAGAUAAUUCAA